GGACUGGAUAGUGCUGAGGGCUGGAGAGGGAGGGGGUAGUGUGGCUUCUACGUAUUCCAGGAAGACAUUUCUUCUAUUUCACAGUCAGGGCUACAACGUUUUCACACACACUGGAAUAUCACAAUUCUCUAUUCUUGGGAUAAGAGUGGCGACUCAAGAUGAGCAGCACCAGUACGAGCAGUCAGGAGACUGGGUGUUCCUCUCCUGCACAAUGCCAACAGGACAACUUGUAUCUGCAGACCGCCAACAUCAGUAGUAACCUUCAAUUCAUCUCUAACACCAAACUAACAGAUCUAAACUUCAUCAACAAGGGGGCUUAUGGAACUGUAUACCAGGCCCUUCAUUCUGACUGGAGAAUACAGGUAGCUGUGAAGUUCUUCCCAACAGAGCGUCAUCUAGUGGAAAGUGACAGAAACAAGAUCUUCAAAGAAGCAGAAAUUUUGCACAAAGCCAGAUUUAGCUAUAUUCUUCCAAUCCUGGGACUUUGUUAUGAGGAAGAAAAUAUUGGCAUAGUGACAGAAUACAUGACCAAUGGAUCACUCAACCAGCUGCUACAUGAGGAAAGCCCAUCAAUAGAAAUUGUAUGGCCGUUAAGGUUUCGUAUUCUAUAUGAAAUUGCACUAGGAGUAAAUUUUCUACACAAUUUGUCUCCCCCAUUGCUGCACCAUGACCUAAAGACUCCAAAUAUCUUGCUAGACAACGAAUUCCAUGUUAAGAUUGCUGACUUUGGUCUUUCAAAAUGGCGCAUGCUGUCACAAUCUUUCAGUGAUCACCAACCAGUUGGAGGAACUAUUAUUUACAUGCCCCCUGAAAUGUAUGAGCCCAGCGUCAAUACCGGCAGAGGGAGCGUUAAGCAUGAUAUGUACAGCUAUGCUAUUAUCAUGUGGGAAGUUCUCUCGAGGAAACAGCCAUAUGAAGGUGCCACAACCCCAAUGCAGAUCAUGUUUAGUGUAUCCAAAGGUUCACGGCCAGACAUAAGUGAGGAGAGUAUUCCUGCAGACAUGCCUCACCGAGAUGUAUUUAUAUCAUUAAUGCAGAGUGGCUGGGCCUCUGAUCCCAAUGACAGACCAGCUUUCCUGAAAUGUUUGUUGGACCUUGAGCCUGUGAUUAGAAAUUAUAAUGAUGUUUCAAUUCUGGAAGGAAUACUGCAGAUAAAGAGAGCAAGAUGCAAUAUUCCAUCUGACUGGAGAACCUCUUCAAAUUUUUCUGUGCUGCCUAUACAAUCUGGCGACAUGUCUGCUUCUAUUGGUUUUAUUCCUAAACCACCAAGUUCUAGUGAAGGCUUCAAUGAAACAUGGCUUCCUGAAAAUGUACGAAGUGCUGAGAAAGGAAAUCCAAAGUUCAGCCACCCCUCUAUACCUGGCAAUGAGAGUCUACCACCACCAUCAUAUAGUCUAAUUAGCCUCCCACCCGGCAGACCAGAAUCGCCCAUCAAGAGUACCCAUCCUCAGCAAGAAUCUGUUUGUCCAGCCCUGAGGUGGGUUCAAACCAGACGAGAUCAAAUUGUGGGUCAGAUGACAGAGGCUUGCCUCAACCAGUGCCUGGACGCUCUCAUUUCAAAGACAAUCAUCCUUAAGGAGGACUAUGAGCUGGUAAAAUCUGAGCGCACAAGGAGUGCCAAAGUUCGAAAACUCAUCGACACAUGUGACAUGCAAGGAGAAGUAUUCGCCAGGAUUAUUGUGCUGAAGUUGAAAGAUAACCGACAAAAUGCCCUUCAGCCUUUUCCAGAGUUGUAUCAGGAUGCUUAGGAUGCUCCACUUUGCUACAGCACAUUAAAUGUGGGCGAAAUCGAAUGCAGCAUAAGGUGGUGGUCUUUAAAGGGCCUGGGGUUCCUUCAAAUGCCCAAGAGAUCAUCCUUUCACCAAAACGGCUACCAAAUUGUAUGAAUGCUACUUGGUGAAUCAAAGGCCAUUUGUAUAAUGUGAAACAAAUCCUCUUUUUUGGUGGUAACCAUAUCUGAAUUUUUUUUUUAUUAUUAUAUGCCCCAAUUUAUAAUAUAACAGCAUGGACCUGAACACAAAACAAAGGAUUUGCUACGUUUUUGGGAACCUCAAGAAAUUUUAAUUAUGGCUAAACAGUCCCCUGAAUGAUUUACCUUUUGCAUUAAAUUCUUCCAAAAAAAUAGUGCAUUUCCUGGUGUGUGACUAUUCUAUAGGUACCUCUGUGCCUAUAGCCUUAUACCUAUAUAUCUUCUGUGUGAGAUCAUCUAAGGAACUGCUGCCUAUGACUGCUUGACUCGCAAGGUUUGAAGUAUCAUUUGGUGAUGUCACUAUCGUG